AUGGCGAUUGUCAUCUUAGGUCUUUCUACCGCUGCAUCUGUUUACGCCCAACCCAUUCGCGAAGCAGACAGUACUCGCGUUUUAGAGCCUCGCGACCCGAGGCUUAUCCCCGACACUGAGAACUAUCUGGUCAAUAUCCUCGACAGCCUUGGUGUCGGCGCUCCUCAGACAGACAGCUCUACCCAAGCCGCCUACACCCCUACCCCUACCCUAAAAGCCGAGCAAGACCAACCAGUGAACAGCAUCGCUACGCCUUCUUCCACGGGACAGGGAACUAGUUUCACCACCGUCAUCCACAACGGAAACAACAAGCCGAUUGAGAAUAUUCAAAUUGGAUCCGGCUGGGACGGCAGGAAGGAAUUGCGGGCGUCAGAUCUGCCUAUGAUCUUUGACGCUGUCUAUGAGGAGAUGGAGCAUCGCUUCCGUAAUAUGAUUGACAGCUCUGACGAGCUGGGGCUGUGA